AUGUCGCUAUCGGAUUCCGAAACCUCCUAUGGCGGUGGCGGUGGAUCGGAUUAUAAGCCGUUUCGUCAUAUCAGCCGCGAUAGAUUAUUAUAUGAAAUGCUUAGAUCAGCAAAGUCAGGGGAUUCAAAAGCCUGGAAGGUGCUCAUAAUGGACAAAGUUACGGUGAAAGUUAUGUCACAUUCAUGUAAAAUGGCAGAUAUUACAGACCAAGAAGUUUCUUUGGUGGAAGACCUUUUCCGGAGAAGGCAACCGUUACCAUCACUGGAUGCUGUUUAUUUCAUCCAGCCUUCAAAAGAGAAUGUAGUCAUGUUCUUGUCUGAUAUGUCUGGAAGGGAGCCUCUUUACAAGAAAGCGUAUAUAUUUUUCAGCUCACCAAUCCCAAAGGAGCUUGUAAACCACAUUAAAUGUGAUACAAGUGUCUUACCACGCAUAGGUGCAUUGAGAGAGAUGAAUUUGGAAUACUUUCCAAUAGAUAGCCAGGGGUUUAUCACUGAUCAAGACACAGCUCUGCAAGAACUUUAUGGAAAUGUUGACAAUAUUCGUAGAUUUAAUACCUACUUGAAUAAUAUGGCGAUUCGAAUAGCUACAGUUUUUGCUUCAUUGAAGGAGUUACCGAUUGUAUACUAUCGUUCGGCAAAGGAAAGUGACGAGUCUGCACCAACAGUAAGUCGUGAAUUAGUUCCUACCAAGCUUGCUGAUGCAGUUUGGGACAUGGUUUCUAAAUAUAAAUCUACUAUUCCCAACUUUCCACAAAAAGAAACAUGCGACUUGAUCAUUGUCGAUAGAUCCGUUGAUCAGAUUGCUCCUGUCAUUCAUGAAUGGACCUAUGAUGCUAUGUGCCAUGAUUUGUUGGAUAUGGAAGGAAAUAAAUAUAUACAUGAGGUUGCCAGCAAAACAGGGGGUCCACCUGAGAAAAAGGAGGUCGUUUUAGAAGAACAUGAUUCAGUCUGGCUCGAACUUCGCCAUACACAUAUAGCAGAUGCUAGUGAAAGAUUGCAUGAAAAGUUUACCAACUUUGUAUCAAAGAACAAAGCAGCACAAAUGCAACAAAGUGGAAGAGAUGGUAGUGAAAUAUCGACACGGGAUUUGCAAAAAAUGGUUCAAGCUUUGCCCCAAUACACUGAGCAAGUGGAAAAGAUUUCACUCCAUGUAGAGAUAGCUGGAAAGAUCAACAAAAUCAUCAGAGACGCAGAUCUUCGACAGCUUGGACAGUUGGAGCAAGAUCUUGUUUUUGGGGAUGCUGCAGCCAAGGACGUUAUUAACUUUUUAAGAACAAAGCAGAAUACAACUCCUGAAUAUAAGUUGCGGUUGUUGAUGAUCUAUGCAUCUGUCUACCCUGAAAAAUUUGAGGGUGAUAAAGGUGUAAAGCUAAUGCAGUUGGCAAAACUAUCAACCGAUGACAUGAAAGUUAUCAGUAAUAUGCAACUGCUGGCGGGAUCAUCAACAAAGAAGGCAUCUGCUGCUGCUGGUAGUUUCUCACUGAAGUUCAGUAACCAGAAGACAACGCAAGCAGCACGCAAAGACCGUACUGACGAAGAGGAAGAAACAUGGUCACUAUUUCGAUUUUAUCCCGUUCUAGAGGAGCUCAUUGAAAGUCUUAAUAAGGGUGAACUGCCAAAGAGUGACUAUGCAUGUAAAAACGAACCAAUUCCCGUUCCCAAAGGAAACACUGCUCGAAGCAGCAAGAGCACUCAGACAGCUCCAGCUCCAACAGCCCCUCCACAUUCAAUGAGAUCUAGGCGGACAGCCAACUGGGCUAAGUCACGUACAUCUGACGACGGAUAUUCAAGUGACUCCACGUUAAAGAACGUAGCUGCCGAUUUCAAGAAGAUGGGAAGGAGAAUCUUUGUGUUUAUUAUUGGUGGGGCUACUCGAUCUGAGCUACGUGUUUGUCACAAACUGACAACAAAACUAAGAAGAGAAAUAAUCCUAGGCACUACUUCCAUGGAUGACCCUCCACAAUAUCUUACGAAAUUGAAGUUAUUAUGCGAAAGUAAUGUUACGCCUACGCUGGACGGCCUUGGAAUAUGA